AUGGCUACCCCUAGUGUCCUUGCCUUUGACGCUGAGGGUCAGGCCAUUGACUUUGAUAUCUGGGUAGAUGACAUGCAGCUUUUCCUACAGUGCGAUAGGGCUGACAGCCUCUCCCUCUUUGACCUCACCUCUGGUGCCUCUCCUGCCCCUGCUGCUAAUGCUGACGCCACUGACGCUGUAGCUGCACGCUACUCCUCCCCUGUUACUGCUGCACUGAGCCGCCUCAUGCUACGGUACCUCUUCCCUGACCUUGCUGCCUUCCCCACGGUCGCAGACCUCAUUACGCACCUCCGCACUAGUAACAUUCGCUACCGCGCUGCGCUUCCUGCUGAGUUCUGUGCCAAGAACCCCCCCCCCAUGUACAUCACCCUCUACUACAUAGUCACCCAGCUCCCUAACUCCCUUCGCGUGGUUAGGGACCACUUCCUCUCAGUUUGCCCAACCAAUCUCACCGUUAACCUCCUCGAGAAGGCCCUCCUAGCAGCGGAGAAGAACAUAGUCACUGUAGGAGCCUCUCGUGGUGACCCUCGCACCCCCAUCUUUGAGGGGUGUUCCCCUUCCCUCCUUUUGCCCUAUGUUGCCUCUGCUGCUACGGCCGACCUCGUUGGUUUCGAGUCGGUCGGCGUUGCGUCUGCCCCGAGCGGGAGACGCCGCACAGGCAAGGGCAAGGGGGGCAAGGGUGCUAGAGGGGCUGGCGGGGGCGGUGGAGGUGGUGGUGGAGGCAGUGGAGGGGGUGGGGGUGGUGGUGGGAGUGGUAGCGGGGGUGGAGUCACCCGGUUCCCUGACUUUCUCCGUGUAGUCAGAGACCACUUCGUCUCAGUUUGCCCCACCACUCUCACCAUUCACCUCCUCGAGAAGAGCCUCCUAGCAGCAGAGAAGAGCAUAGUCGCUGUAGGAGUCUCUCGUGGUGACCCUCGAACCCCCGUCUUUGAGGGGUGUUCCCCCUCCCCCCUCUUAACCUCUGUUGCCUCUGCUGCUGCGGCCGACGUCGUUGGUUUCGAGUCGGUCGGCGCUGCGUCUGCCCCGAGCGGGAGACGCCGCACCGGCAAGGGCAAGGGCGCUGGAGGGGCUGGCGGGGGCGGUGGAGGUGGUGGGGGAGGCAGUGGAGGGGGUGGGGGUGAUGGUGGGAGUGGUGGUGAGGGUAAAGGUGUUGGUGUCAGCAGUGGAGGCGGAGGAGGCGGCGGCGCUGGCGGAGGGAGCGGAGGCGGCGGAGGUGGUGGAGGCGGCGGAGGCAGCAGAGGUGGCGCAGGCGGCGGCGGCAGCAGUGGACCUGGUCGCAGCUCUGCGCAGAGGAGUGGCUCUGGUGGUGGUACGCGCCAGAAGCAGCAGCGCAGUCGUGAGACUCUGUCCCCUCAGCAGCUUUGUGAGUGGUACGCUGCGCAUCAGCGCGGUCGGGGUACGGGUCCCUCCACCUAUGUUCUCCGCACCGGUGACCGCGGUGGUGAGCAGUGCAGGGGCCCGCACUCCACCCAGCCCUGCUUCGGCUGCCUGACGGACGCGUGGCGUCACCAGUUCCCUGAGGCCACUGAGAUCCCUCGCUGGGGAGAGCUCUCUAGGGCGGGGGUUGCUAUCUUUGAUCUUGAUUUUGAUGCUAUUCUUGCUGCCAUGUAUGCCGUUGCUCAUAGUGUUGAGGGUGAUUGUUACCUGUGUGUUCCGCGUGACCCGGGCAUUGAGCCUGCUACUCUAUGUGCUGGAUAG